AUGUUCUACGCUCAAUUCGUGCUGUCGAAGAAAGGGCCACUUGCAAAGAUUUGGUUGGCUGCGCAUUGGGAAAAGAAGCUGUCUAAAGCUCAAAUCUACGAAACGAAUGUGCAAGAUGCAGUAGAGGAAAUAUUGCAACCAAAGGUCAAAAUGGCUCUUCGAACUACUGGACAUCUUUUGCUUGGGAUCGUGCGAAUAUAUUCCAGAAAGGCAAAAUACUUGCUAGCUGAUUGCAACGAAGCAUUUCUCAAAAUUAAAAUGGCAUUUCGUCCUGGACAGGUUGAGAUGUUGGAAGAUGGAAAGGAAGCGCCUUUCGCUGCCAUUUCACUUCCCGAAGUCUACACGGAUUUUGACUCUACAUUGCCGGAAUUCAAUGAAGCUGAGUUCGCCACCCACCUGCAGAUCAACCAAAGCAGGAUAGACGAUAUCACACUGAAGGAGGACCACAUUUCUGAUCAACAUAUGUUCGGUGCAGAAUUUGCUAGCGAUGAGUUUGGAGAUACGGCUUUUGGGCCAGUAACCUUCGGGAUUGAGGAUGAUUUCGGUGAAUUUCCACCUCUGGCUCCUGCAGCUGAAGUCAGUGGAGUUGAAGUGCAGCGAGAUGUGAGCAGCUUCAUAUCCGGAGAUCGAUUGGCCCUUCGAGAUAUUCGUGGAGCAACUCCAAGCUUGGAGGGAGCUAAAGCUCCGGGUGUCAGCAUUUUUGCCGACGAUGAUUUUGGAGGUAUGGAUAUGGGCGGCGAAGAAGAUAUGGAAGGUUUGGAAACCGCUGAUGAGUUACAGCUUGGUGCUGCUGCAAAUAAUUUGGGUGGUGUGCCAGAAACACAAGAAAGCUUUACAUUGGAACCACUUGAAGCCGGUGCGCUUGAGCGUCCACAGGAGCGUAGACGUCGAAGACGUCGUUUGAUCAUCGACGAACAGAAGAAUAUUAGCGGUGAAGAGAUGAAGUCAAACAUGGCGGACUACUCAGAUACACUACAACCUUUGGAUCUGGCACCUCCAACUCGACGGCUUAUGCGCUUAAAGGAGUCUGGAACUGUCGAGAAGCUUUUCCAUCUCCCAGGAUGCACUUUCACGAAAGCUAAGCCACUUGUCAGGUUGUAUCAGUCGCAUUUGGUGAUGCGAGCACGCGUUGAGGAAGAUGUCGUUAGGGCUGAUGAAAUUCGGCGUGAAUUGGAAAUGUCGGAAACAAUUGAAGAUGAGCUUCAGUACGGAGCGGAAUCGACGUACGGAGAGGAUUAUGAGGACAUUGGUCCGGUGCCUUUUGAACCUAUCGGUGCCGAAUCGCCUACGCCUGUGGUUGCGGAUUUGCGUCCUUCCCCAGAGGGAUCUCCAGCGAAAGAAGCUGAGGAAGCUUUCUAUCCACCGAGGUCGAACAAUAGAAGAGGAGGAAGCCAUGGAGGUGAAGACGGUUAUCGUUGGUCGAAGCGCACUCAAAACGUCUUGAAUGCAAUUGUGACAAAAAUCCGUACGACUGGUGAUGCACAGAUCACUCUCAACGAUCUCUUGACAAAAGGUUCUACUCGAAAGACUGCUGCGCAGAAAUUCUACACAUUGUUGAUCACUCUCAACGAUCUCUUGACAAAAGGUUCUACUCGAAAGACUGCUGCGCAGAAAUUCUACACAUUGUUGGUGUUAAAGAAGUCGCAAGCGAUCAACGUUGAGCAGCAUGCACCGUACGAAGAUAUUUAUAUCUCUGCUGGCCCUAAUAUCGCUCAGGGACUCACUAAAUAA